CUAGAUCUGAAAAGUGUAGAGUGUAAAUGGCUUCUAACCCUUAUGUGAAAUCAUUAAUAUGGUUAGUGGCUUUUGGCGGCAUUGGUUAUGGGCUUUUGCGACUAACUGAACCAUCAGAGGAAAAACUAGCUAAAAUACGUUCCACAACGGCUGGUGUCCACUUAAGUGAAGACGAACAGAAGAAGAUACUGUUUUUAAGAAAAUUGCAAUCUGCAGCUACCGAAAACGCUCAAGUAUAUUUAAAAAAUAGGGACGAUAAUUAA